AGUUUCCUUUCGCUCCAGCAAGUUCUUUGCCAGUUUGUCCUCCCCGGAGCCUCUGGGUCAGCUGGCCUCCUCUCCCAGGCUUCUCCGGCUUUAUGAGCCCUACUCCCUCCCUCCUACCCUCUCUGGUGGCACCAGGUGACACCAUCCUCCACAGGUCCCCCUCCCGCGGCCACUCAGCCCGACCCCAUUCUGCCGGCCUCCCCCAGCUGCUGCGGACAGCCAUCCUGAGGGUGAAGCCAGGGCCGCGCCUUCCCUGCUAGGCUGCAGCCCCCAGCUCUGCUCUGGCCCCGGGGCGGCGGGGGGACGUCCCAGGCUGAGCAUCCGGACGAUCGAGCUCCCUCUAAAGAAAGGUGACACGCAGAGCUGAAACCAUGGUUCAGCAGGUGCUCUACCGGGCGCUGGUCUCCACCAAGUGGCUGGCGGAGUCUGUCCGGACUGGCAAGCUGGGGCCAAGCCUGCGAGUGCUGGACGCCUCCUGGUACUCGCCGGGCACCCGCGAUGCUCGCAAGGAAUACCUAGAGCGCCAUGUGCCCGGCGCGUCCUUCUUUGACAUAGAGGAGUGCCGGAACAGAGAGUCACCCUACGAGAUGAUGCUGCCCACCGAGGCGGGCUUCGCUGACUACGUGGGCCGCCUGGGCAUCAGCAACAACACGCACGUGGUGGUGUAUGAUGGUGAUAACCUGGGCAGCUUCUAUGCGCCGCGGGUGUGGUGGAUGUUCCGGGUGUUUGGCCACCGCACCGUGUCAGUGCUCAAUGGUGGCUUCCGAAACUGGCUGAAGGAGGGCCACCCAGUGACAUCUGAGCCCUCACACCCAGAGCCAGCCAUCUUCAAAGCCACACUGGACCGGUCCCUGCUCAAGACCUACGAGCAGGUGCUGGAGAACCUCGAAUCAAAGAGGUUCCAGCUGGUGGAUUCUCGGGCUCAAGGGCGGUACCUGGGCACGGAGCCGGAGCCAGAUGCAGUAGGACUGGACUCCGGCCACAUCCAAGGCUCAGUCAACAUGCCCUUCAUGAACUUCCUGACGGAGGACGGCUUCGAGAAGGGUCCAGAGGAGCUCCGAGCCAUGUUUGAAGCCAAGAAGGUGGACCUCACAAAGCCCCUCAUUGCCACGUGCCGGAAGGGUGUCACCGCCUGCCACAUUGCCCUGGCCGCCUACCUCUGCGGCAAGCCCGAUGUGGCCAUCUAUGACGGCUCCUGGUUCGAGUGGUUCCACCGGGCUCCCCCGGAGACCCGAGUGUCCCAGGGGAAGGGCGGGAAGGCCUGAGCGGUGGCCUCUCCUCCCGUCGCUCACCGCUCCUGCCAGUGGAGUGACCCUGGCACAGCCCGCGGCUGGUCCAUGCCCCGUGGGCAAAGGAAAGCGAUGCGUUUUUAGAGUUGAUGUGUAGAGUGCUCCUUCCCCCAACAACACUGGAGUAAACUUGGCCUUUUCUGAGUA